AUGCAUUGCAACAAAGAAAACGUAUACCUUGCCGGAGAGCCCAACAGAAACAAUCAGAAUCAUUUCACAACCCUGAGGGAAACACUGUUCGCUAGGCAUAACAGUCAGGGCCCUUUUUUAAUUUCAUCAAUUUCAAAUUUUGCACCUGGAAAAUUUGUGGAAUCUGUGGGAAUCAAUUCAAAGAAUUUUAAAAAUCACUCUUUCACAUCUAGAACUUCAAAUGGCAGAGGUUCAAAAAAGAGAGCAGUUCCAUAUGAGAAAAGUAAGAAGGAGAGGAAAAAUGGUAAGAAGGAUGAGAAAAAAAAUGAGGGAAAAUCGGAACAUUAUAUUUUUGAUGACGAAGAUGUCGAUAAAGUAUUGCAAUUGAUCAAGGAAGAGCCAGUGAAGGAAAAAGUGCCAGAAACACCAGAGAUGGAAGCAUGGAUAACCAAAAAAAUUGAAACUAUUAACGGACUUGAAGCAUAA